AGUUCUACCAAACUUCUUAAGAGUAAGAGACAUCACUUACAGUUCAACAAAACGUGGAUAUCUGAUGCUCAUCUACAAAUCUCAUGCAUUUCUGAGAGAAAACUUGACAACUAUCGCUGGAUUUUCAACAACUCUUUGGCAUUGUCGUGAGAAGAAAAGAAAGAAAUGUCGUGUACGAAUAAAUCAUAACAUGGAUUUAAACACUUUCAAAAUUAAUGGUCACGAUCAUAAUCAUCAAGAACCAACU